CCAUCAUUCGAUUCGCAAAACUCAGCGACGUUCAAUUUUCGUUUUGGAUCCGGCCGAAAUUCAGUUGACAAGUGAAAAUGGACUUUAAAGUGAUCUGUGUUGUGGUUGCCAUCGCUUUCGUGGCCCUCGCGUCGGCCGGACCGGUCGUCGACGACGCCAAAGCCCACCUGGAGAACUCGGUAUUAACGAACGAAUACUCGAACAUAGAGGAGUCACUGUUAAAAAAAUUGAACACCAAAUGCUCGAACCGUGACAUAAGUUCGUGCAUGAUGCUCAAACUGGUCACGUACUUUAACAGAAUGCUCAAGAAGUCGACGAUCGAAAUUGGCGACGUCGAAAUUAAGCAAACCUCAACGGUUCCAGUCAAUCUGAGCACGGCCAGAAGUCUGGAACAGAUGAGCGAAGAGGCCCAAUUAAGUCAAGUGAUCGCUGAUAAAAUCUACAGUUUCGUUAGCACUAGAUCGCUGAAAUGGAAGGUUGUGGACGGAGCCGACGUCGUGGUGUCCGGAAAUCAAGGCAAGGAUGGCAGCCUGAACGUCGGCCUGUCCGUAAAGCCGGACGAGUCCUCCGAGGCCCGUAAGAAGAAGGACAACGGAAUGGGAGCCCUGAUCGCCGCAGCCGUCAUGAAAAUCGGUCUCCUCAAAGCCCUCGCCUUCAAAGCCUUGGUCUUCCUCGUGGGCAAAGCCUUGUUGGUCAGCAAGCUCGCCUUGGUGUUGGCCGCCGUCAUCGGCUUGAAGAAGCUGCUGCACUCGGAGAAGCACGUCACCUACGAGGUCGUGGCCCACCCGCACCACGAACACCACGAGGAGCACCACCACUCCGGCGGCGGACACGAUUCCUACGGCGGCGGAUGGGGUAGGAACUUCGACGCCAAGGAGGCCCAGAAGAUGGCCUACAGUGCCCAGAUUCCCGCCCAAUAGGAACGUGAUCAGGAUUUUGCACCAUAUUGGUGUGCAGUAAUUUAACUUAAAUUAUUUAUUUAAUAUUUAUUUUGUUUGUACAAUGCGAAAAAAUUCUGUUAUUUAUGUUUUUAUAAAAAUGUUGAACUUA